AAAAAAAAGUAAAGCCACCACCACUCCGCUACUCAUAGACAAGAGUAGCUCUCGCUCACAUCUUUAUAUCCCUCUCACCUGCAUUCCCUCUUUCUCCAAAACUAACAGCAUAAUGAAACCUGGCUAGCUGCUCUUCUAAGCCGUCUCCCUCUCAUUCGUAAAAAUAUUCAUGAGAUGUCAUCUUUCUUAUCUAUAUCAAUCAAUCCAUAGCUUCUCUUCUUCUUCUUCUCAUGGCUUGUUUAAGCGAGGAGAGCUGCUGGGUUUCUUCUUCUCUUCCUGAAAUGCUCUCCAGGCGCUUAUCUUUGAAAGACAACCAAGAAAAUGGAGAAGCAGAGGCCAAUUCUACUCCUUUUCCUAUUGAGAAGGUCUUUCCAGUUUAUGCAAUGGGGUUUUCGAAGCCAGACUCCGAGUUUGUUGUAUCGCCUGGUGAUUCGGGCGACCCGAUUUGGGACGCUGUGAGAGAAGAGGCUAAGUUGGAGGCAGAAAAAGAACCCAUACUAAGUAGCUUCUUGUAUGCCAGUAUCUUAUCCCAUGAUCGCUUGGAGCAAGCAUUGGCAUUUGUUCUCGCGAAUCGGCUUCAAAAUCCUACUUUGUUGGCAACUCAAUUGUUAGAUAUAAUUUCUCAUGUAAUAAUGCAUGAUAGACGUAUUAAGCAUUCAAUUCGCCUAGACAUGCAGGCAUUCAAAGACCGGGAUCCUGCUUGUUUAUCAUAUUGUUCAACAUUAUUAUAUCUUAAGGGUUACCAUUCUUUGCAGUCCUAUCGAGUAGCACAUGUGUUGUGGAACCAGGGGCGAAAAAUAUUGGCCUUGGCAUUACAAAGUCGAAUCAGUGAGGUUUUUGGAAUUGACAUACAUCCAGCUGCCAAAAUUGGAGAGGGGAUAUUAUUGGAUCAUGGGACUGGUGUUGUUAUUGGGGAAACUGCUGUUGUAGGAAACAGGGUCUCAUUGAUGCAUGGUGUUACUUUAGGAGGGACUGGGAAAGAAGUUGGUGAUCGCCAUCCCAAAGUAGGUGAUGGUGCACUGAUUGGAGCAUGUGCAACGAUACUUGGGAAUAUAAAAAUAGGUGAAGGGGCAAUGAUAGCUGCUGGUUCUCUUGUCUUAAAAAAUGUUGACCCACACAGCAUGAUGGCAGGAACACCAGCAAAGUUGAUAGGAUAUGUGGUUGGGAAAGAUCCAUCUCUUACAAUGAAGCAUGAUGCCUCGAAAGAAUUCUUUAAACUUGUUGCUGUUACUUUUAAAGAGGGAAUAUCAAGUGAGCUUUAAUUAAAACCUCUGGAUUAGGUGCUCACUAAUUCUAUUUUUUGGAGGUCUUGAUCAGGGGAAAAAAGACAAAGAAACUUGAGAGAUUUAUGUAAUCAUUUACCUUCUCUAUCGAUGCAAGUUCAAGAGUGAACCGCAGGAGAAACAGAACCUCAUAAAAGAUAGCUAAAGAUUAAAUUUAAUAUGGUGUUGUAAUGAGUAAUCAUUUGUAGUCACACGCUUGUAAUACCUAGGCUGAGACGUUGAGCUCUCUUGCCAUUAUUAUUCAAGGUUCAACAGGUUUUUAGCUGGAGAACCUGGUUUCUGUAUUGUUUCUACUAUAAAUAAAGGCCUAAACGUUCAUCCUGA